AUGGCUGGCCAGCUUGCCAGCACCAUGGCAAAAGGGGAGAAGAAAGACACGGAGCACAACUCCCUCUUCUUCUAUGUGUUGCUGGCAACAGGACUGGCUUUCUGGACCCGGGCCAUGCCAACCCCUUUCUUGCCACUCGUCAUGUCGCAAGACUUCCACCAGACUCCGGGGCAUGUGGGCCUCGCGAUGUCCGUUUACCCUCUUGGGGCCUUUCUGGCAACGCCCUGUGCUGCAGCAAAGGCGCAGCAAUCCUCUUGCAUCAUACGCCUGCAUUCCUGGACGCUGCUCUUUAUGUCCCUGAGCUCUCUGCUCAUGGCGCUGUCACACCAGGUGCAUGACUUUGCAGGCCCUGAUGCGGUCUUUGCAGCGCUUCUGGUUUGCCGCUUCACACAAGGCAUCAGCCAGGCUUACUACAUGGCGGCCAACACCAGCCUGAUCUCCAGAAGCUUCGCAGCCGUGGCCUACACCGUGGCAAUGGCUGAGGUGGCCGUGGGCUCGGGAGCUCAGCUUGGCCGCUUGGCCGGCGGCCUCCUCUUCGAUCUGGGCGGCUUCGCCUGCCCCUUCACCGUGGCCUCCACGGCCCUCUUCCUCUGUGCUCUUGUGGGCUUGAUGUUCGAGGACAAGACUGAGGAUGAGCUGGAGAUCUGCUACGGCGAGGAUCUUUCAGAGGAGCAGGACACUUGGAGAGUCUUCUUUACUCUGCGCAUCUUCGUCACAGUGGCUGGUGUGUUCUCCGCUUACAUGGUGACAGGUCUCCUGGACUCCACCCUGCCGCAGCACCUCGAGGAGCACUUGGGCCCGCUCUCAAUCUCGGCCGUAAGUGCUAUCAGCUCAGUGCGGAGUCUGACAUACCUGGUGGUCUCGUGGCAGUGUGCGCAGAUCCUGCGACGGGAGCUCCUCAGUCUUGAAGCCCUGCAGAUUUCCGGAUUUGUAUUGGUGGUCACGGGCUUGAUACUGCUGGCACCACAGAACUUCGUGGCUGACCUGGAGCUGCUCCUGCCCGGAAGUCUGCUCUCCAAGGCUUGGGCCUGCCAGUUGCUUGCUUUGGUCCUGGCUUCCAUGGGCAACGCCAUGCUCUUCGUCCCCGGGCUGCCUCUGCUGCAGAACGAAGUCCGGCAUUUAGGACCUGGUGCCUCUGAGCGUGUCUCGUCCCUCUUGAUGGCAGCGAUGUCGGGUGGCGAGUUCCUUGGGCCAAUUGCAGGCGAGUCCAUGCAAGUCACGUGUGGAUCACGCGUUGGCAUCGCCUGGAUCUGGCAGCAAGGUGGCGCCUUGGUCGAGAGCUAUGGCUUCCGUGCCUCCUCCGGGUUCUUCGCCGGUGGCCUGGCCCCUGGCGCGCCUUUGUCCCUGGGCGCUUUCUUCGGCCUACAGGCCAGGCUGCAUGAAUUCCCCAGCCUCAGCCUAGUGCCUGCUUUGCUGACUCAGUCCCGGACCCUGAGCCAGCCGCUGCUGAGGGAAAGGCAGGUUUCUUACACGGAGGAGGGGCAGCUGGGCGCCUGGGAGUCCAUGGACCUGGCCAAGAACCUCACAGUCCCCUUGGAUCCCGAGAGUGCCUACAGGUUCCGGCGCCUGGCCUUUGUGGGCUCGGACUUCCGGAGGAGGCUCCACUCUGCUCCGGCACAAGAGCGCCCACGGCCCAGAAAUGCAGAAAUCUUCCAUCCGUCCCAAGAGUUUGGGUAG